AUGUUUAAACAAUUAUCACAAAUAGGUAAGAAUUUAACAGACGAAUUGGCUAAAAAUUUGUUAGAUGAUUAUAAUAACAAUAAUGAUCAAUUAGAUCCAAAAUAUUUGGAAUACCCUAAGGAAGUUCAAACCAAAUUAAGAAGAUUGAAUAAAUUUGAGAAAAAAUAUCCAUUGCUAUUAAACGCAUACAAAAACGAACGUGCCAAAAAUAUCAAUCAUAAUGAAGUUUUUAAAGUAUUAAGCGAAUAUACACCAAUUUCAAAUUUUGAUGAAUUGAAUACCGUAAUACCAGAAUCGCUGAGUACACCUGCCAGUGCUACGAAUAGUUCUAACGUUUCUAGGGCUGCAACACCAGACACAACUAAUAAGCCUACUGCAAACGAGGAAAAUGAAAAUAAAAGUGAUAAAAAAGAAGCAUCCAACGACAGCCGUGUUGAUAUUACAGAUAACAAGCAAGAAAAUGAAAAAAAUUCAAGAGAAACAAGUACAAUUCCUGAGGAACCUCCCAAAAAAGCAAAACUUGUUGUUGUUGAAGAACUUGAACAAUUUUUUCAGAAUAUGAACAUGAAAACUGAUUUAUUAAAUGAUGAAAUUAAAAAGUUGCAUGUGGAUUUAAAACAUGUCAAUAAGGAUAAAGAUGAGUUAGAAAGUAGUAGUGAACAAAAGACUUUAGAAAUCGAAAAGCUAAGUAUCAAUUUGGACUCACUAAAACAAGAUUUUAAUGCAUUGAAGGAAGAAGCUGAAAGGGAAAAAUUACAACUUCAACAAAAUAAUAAUAAUGAGUUAUCUGUAAAUACAAAUACUAGUAAUAAUAAUAAUAAUAAUAAUAAUAAUAAAGGCAAGAAAAACAACAAGAAAAAGAAAAAUUACAAUUCUGGUAAUAAUACUCAAAAGCAAGAAACCAAAUCUAUUGAGAAUAAAAAUAGUACUGAAUGGGAAAGUAAGUACACAGGUUUACUAGAAAAGUAUGAAGCAUUGCAGAAAAAACAAACUGAAUUAGAAGAUAAUACGCUAUCCAUUGCCAAGAAAACGGAGGAUACAGCUGAGGUUAUUAAAUCAUGGGAAACCAAAUAUAAUGACUUGAAAGUAAAAUAUGAUGAAUUACAAACACAAUUAAAAAAUAGCAAAUCUGAAUUGAUAAGUAAAAAAGAAGAACUCGAUAGUGUUAGGGAUAUGCUUAAAGAGGUGGGCAAUGAUUUGGUUGAAGCCAAAGAUAAAAUUAAGGACUCUACAAUGUUGCAGAAGAGAAUUGAUGAAUUGGAACAAAAACUAAAACAAGAAAUCGGUAGUAAAAAAGGAUUGAAUAAAUCACAUGGGGAGAAAAUCACUGAAUUCACGUCAAAUUUGGAAGAAUUGGAAAAGACUAACAAAAAUAACGUAGGAAUUAUUGAAGAUUUAAAAAAGAGUUUAAACGAUAAAGAAAAAAUGCUUAAAUAUAUGGAAAAGCAAGUCAAAGAUUAUAGCGAUAGAGCAUCUAAAUCUGACCUAGAAUUAAAACAACUAAAAUUAAAACAAGACAGAUUAAAAGAUAAUUUCAACACUGUGGGUAAAGCAAAGGAAAAUCUAAGUAAAGAAGUUGUUUCUUUAAAUGGAAAAAUUGAGGAAAAAAUUAAAGAAAACGGCAAACUUCAAGAAAGACUUGAUAUAUUACAAGAAAAGUUAGAUACUGUUUCUUCUGUAACCGUUAAUUCAAAUGAUCAGGUGGAUAAUAUUAAAAGACAGUGUGAUGAGUUGAAUAUUAAGUUAAAGGAUGCUAGCAAAAUAAGAAUGUCAUUAGAGGACGAAUUAAUAGAUAUGAAAAACAUACUUCAAGAAAGAAAUAGAGAAGUUUCUAAAUUGAGAUAUUUAUUAGAUGAUUUGGAAAACGAAAGUGGGUCCAAAUUGAAUGAAUUGAAAGAUAAAUAUCAUUUAACUUUAACAGAAAAACAAAAAAUAGAAAAUGAAUUAAACAUUCUGUUGCUAUCUAAAAAUGAUGACAUCAACACUUUGAAAAAUAUGAAUACGUCCCUGGUAGAAAAAUUAGAUAUUGCACAAAAGAAGGAGCUAGAGCUAUCUAAAGAGAUUGAAAUCUAUGCUAAAAACAACUCGUUGAAUGAAAAACUACAAAACGAUUCCAAUUCCAACCAAUUAAGCUUGGAGACAACUUUGAAAGAUUUAAAAUUAGAAUUAUCUAAAUCCAUGGAGUUGUGCAAUAAAUAUGAGCAAAGCAAUGAAGAAAUAAAGGCACUAAACAAAGAAUUGAAUUUGAAAUUAGAAAAAUUGUCUAAAAAUUACAAGUUGCUAUCCAAUCAAUUAAAAACAUUCAAGGGAGGAUCGUCUUCUGGUAUAUUUUCUAACCAAAGCGAAACCCGCAGAUCCUCCGUCAGUAGUACAGUCUCGUCGAAAAGUACAUACAAUAGUAAAAAUGUUAGUAGUGUUACGUCUGAUGAUACCAUUUCGUCUGAAGAUUACAAUUCCAAGAUUUCCUACAUAAGAAAUGUCUUAUUGGGGUUUAUUGAGCAUAAAGAGCAAAGGCAACAACUUCUACCUGUUGUUUCCAUGUUGUUACAAAUGAGUAGACAAGAUGAACAAAAAAUUUUGAUGCUGCUAACUUAA